AUGGCUGAGGCCAGUAUUUCAGUAGCUCAGGACCAGUUCAGGUGUCCAGUGUGUCUGGAUCUCCUGAAGGAUGCGGUGACUAACCCCUGUGGUCACAGUUUCUGUAAGGUGUGUAUUAAUGGCUGCUGGGAUCAGGAGGAUCAGAAGGGCGUCUACAGCUGUCCUCAGUGCAGACACACUUUCACUAGAAGGCCUGUUCUACGCAGAAACAACAUGCUGGCUGAAGUGGUGGAGAAACUGAAGAAGACUGAAGUCCAAGCUCCUUCUCCUGCUCACUGUUAUGCUGGACCUGGAGAUGUGGAGUGUGACUUCUGCACCGGGAGAAAACACAAAGCUAUCAAGUCCUGUCUGAUGUGUUUGGCUUCAUUUUGUGAAACUCAUCUGAAACCUCAUCUUGAAGUUCCUGUUUUGAAAAAACACACAUUAAUUGAAUCCUCAGCAAAACUCCAAGAGAAGAUCUGCUCUGAACAUAACAAGCUGAUUGAGAUCUACUGUCGUACUGAUCAAAUAUGUAUUUGCUCUUUGUGCAUGUUGGAGAAACAUAAAGACCAUGACGCUGUUUCAGUUGCAACAGAAACAGCUGAGAAACCGAGUGAGUUAAAGGAGGAGCAGAUGAAAUCCCAGCAGAGAAUCCAGGAGAAGCAGAAGGUGGUGCAGGAGCUGAAACAGGCUGUGAACACUAUAAAGCUCAGUGCACAGACAGCAGUGGAGGACAGCGAGAGGAUCUUUACUGAGCUGAUCAGCUCCAUGGAGAAAAAGCGCUGGGAGGUGACGGAGCUGAUCAGAGAUCAGGAGAAGGCUGAACUGAGUCGAGCUGAACGACUCCUGGAGCAACUGGAGCAGGAGAUUGCUGAUCUUCAGAGGAGAGUCACUGAGCUGGAGCAGCUUUCACACACACACGAUCACAUCCAUUUCCUCCAGGUUUUAGCUUCUGGACGUUGCUCUCCUCAACUUCAAAGACCAGAUUUUCACACAUCCAGCGUCACUGUCCAUCAACAUCUCUCAUUUGAUGGAGUGAGGAAUUCUCUCUCAGAUCUGAAAAAGAGACUCGAGGAAUUCUGUGAGGAGGAAUUCAGCAAAAUCCCUCCACAUGCUGCAGCAGUUCAGAUCAUUUCAGAACCAGAACCACAGAGCAGAGAAGAGUUUCUCAAAUAUUUCUGUUAUCUGACUCUGGAUCCCAACACGGCACAUCGUCACCUCAUUCUGUCUAAGAAGAACAGAGCGGUGAGAUGUGGUGAGAGAGAGCAGCGUUACUCUGAUCAUCCAGAGAGAUUUGAUUACUGCUGGCAGGUGUUGUGUAAGGAGAGUGUGUGUGGACGCUGUUACUGGGAGGUGGAGUGGAGCCGUGCUGUUGGUGUGUCCAUAUCAGUCUCAUAUAAAGACAUCAGCAGGAAAGAACGGGGUAAUAUGUGUCUUUUUGGAUCCAGCAAUCAGUCCUGGAGACUGCAGUGUUUUUCUCCUUCUUCUCUCUCGUUCUGGCACAACAACAUCGAGACUGAUCUCAGAGGUCCAUUACCCUCCAGAAUAGGAGUGUAUGUGGAUCACAGUGCAGGAACUCUGUCCUUCUACAGCGUCUCUGACAUGAUGAAGCUCCUCCACAGAGUCCACACCACAUUCACUCAGCCUCUAUACGCUGGGUUUGGGGUCUCCUGGCGUUCUACAGUGAGAUUGUGUGAUCCAGAAUAAAAGUGUGUAGUGUUUUCUGUAAAAUUCCUGCACGUUGCCACGUUGUUGCUCAGUUGUCUGUUUCACUAGAACACAAUCCAGCUGCACAAAAACACUCAUUUUAAUAUUUAAAUUAAACAGAUGAAUAAUUAAAAAAUAAUUAAAAAGGAAAUGUUAAAAAUUAACUGUCAGACAAGAAACUCGUCAAAUUUAAAAAGAAAAUGAUCUCAUGACCUUCGCAUUAUAAAGUUGUGUUUGUUUCAUAUUAAGCAGCGUCUCAUUAAAUAACUAAUAAACAGUAAUAAAGCCAGAACAGAACAACAUUUUAAACCUGUUCAGGUCACACUAUAUAAAAAUAAAACAUCACUUUUGGAAUGAAUUUGAUUUUUCUGCUUGUGUUCUAAGAUGUAAAAUCCACAUUCACUUUUUCAAGUCUGAAGUUGUUUCUAAACCCUGAGAUUUGAUUGUAAAACAUUGAACAAUAUUUAAACUCCAUUUGAACAUCCAGUACAUGAUCGGUUCAGGCUGCCGAUGUCGUGUUCAUCCCAUAUUCAGCCUGGAUGAUGAUUGGCCCGCAGAUAGAACCUUAUAAAUCCAGCUUUAUCUGUGAGUUUGGGAUUUUUAUUCAAAUAUUACAAUCAAAGCUUUGCAGAAUAAAAGAUAAGAGCACAGGAGAAUAAAGUUUCCCCCAGUGAUGGAGUUUCUGUGCUGAACUCAUUUUCAGACAGAAGCAAAUUCAACCUUUUCCUGAGAGUUUCAGCAGCUGGAUAAAUAUUGUUCAGUAUUUUAAACUGAAUUUCUUUCACUGUGGGUGAAAUUGGCCGUCUAAGAUAAC